CUACAGUGUUAAUGGAGAUGGAAAAGUUGCAUUUUAUCCUCCUCACUUUACUAAUUCAUCCUCACAAGACAUUCACCGAGGAGGACAAAUGUGAAGGGCUGUAUCCAGUCUUCUCUCCCUCGAGCCUGGUGGUCAGAUAUGGAGACCCUGUUUCAGCAACCUGCUCAGCUCCAAACACAACAAAGACCUCAAUGCAAUAUAGCGGAAUGGGUUUGGAGGCCAGACAAGGGGUCACUGAUGGUUUACAGGAGAACGUCAUGAACCUGACAUGGAGUGUGAGCAGUCUGACAGAGUGGGAAGAAGCACAAGGGAUUCGGUGCUAUUCACAGUUUGAGGAACAAUGCAUCACUAAUCUGAGUGUUACCAUUUACAAGCCUCCAGACAGAGUAUCUCUGCUUUUUGUGAAUGGAUCUGGUCCGAUGGUUGAGGGGAAUCAGUACCAGCUGGAGUGUGAGGUCCAGAGUGUGGCUCCUGUUCAGAACCUCAGAGUGAACUGGUUCAGAGGAAAAACAUUACUGCAUGAAUCCACUGUCUCUGAGUUCUCUGUCACAGGUCACAUUCAUAAAGAUGUGACAGUGACUGACAGAUAUACCAUCACAGCCAGUAGAGAGGACCAUGGACUCCAGUAUAAAUGUGAAGCUGAAGUGAAGCUGGAUUUGCCAGAAUCCCUAAAAUACCAGUCAGAACCCAUCAGUAUCAAAUCGCUUAAAGGCCAACCUUUCCCAGAAAACCCUUACCUCCGCUAG